CACAGAUAUUACCUUUUUCUUUCAAAGAAAUCAUAUAUAACUUGGUUUCUAUCUUCUAGAAAUUACGGUAAACUAUUUUUCUCCUGGGAUUUCUACCGCCGUUUAUUGUCGUUGUGACCUUCAAUAAAUUGCCGCCCGCUUGUUCAAGUGUGGUGGCUCCCCGCCGUUCUAUCUAGCCUGCCUACUUGCCUUUCCACGCUGCUGGAUAUAUCCAUCAGAUGGUCUAAUUUUUAUUAGAUACUCUUCUUAGCGACUCAUGGGAGCUCGCUAUUGGUUUUUUCCUGGAUCCUUUGGCCUGAUCCUCUGGCAACCGUGAGCUAAGCAUAGCGCACACCAAUGUCUUCGUUACAGAGGUCUGGCAAGACUGCCCCGCGUCUUGUGCAAGAUAUCCAAGACUACGACCCUGCCUACCCUCCAGGUACAGGCCGCAACCUUCUCUCCGAAGUCCCUCCGGUAUACCCUGAUCGAUACCAGGUACCCCAGAAUUUUAUUUCUCCGGAUUCGUGUCGCCAUCGCUAUAUUACCAAAAAGAACCAGAGCUUGCUGCCCAAACCAGAGCAGUGGAGCACUUCGGGGACCUCCAAAGUAUCGGCAGUGUGUUCUAAGUGCCGGUAUCAUCUGCAAGUUGUCGUAAACCAUACCGGAGCAAUCGGACAGCAGAUUCAAAAAUCUCCAGAUCACGUUCAUCAUUUUGUCUACAAAUCGGGAAGACAAAUAGGCGGUUCAUCGGCCGAGGAAGUGACGUCCAAAGGGCAGGUUGCGGAGACGUUCCACUACGGAUGCUCGUAUCUCACUUGUCCUGCGACGGUGUCGCUACGGGUGGUCUCGCCUGUUCUUUCUCAUGAUGCGGUGCACCUUUUGACGGAUCCCGAGUUAUUGAACAUCCGCGCAAAUGAAGCCAUUGCCACGCAUCCUGAGCGGCUAGAAGGACUCGCCCCGCCGCUCCCCAUAAACGUGCUGCUCAACUUGCGCGCCUAUCUCAGUAACGCCCUAAACAACAGCCAGCAGAGCAAGUCGAUAUCGGCGAUCAACAAAAGGUUCAUGUCAUGUUUUGGCGUUGAAGGAAAGCCUUGUCAAGACCUACUCGAGUUUCUCGGGUUUACUUUCAAUGAUGAGGGCUUUUGGGACCCCCCUCGACCCAACCCAUGGACAGCGAUCCCCUAUCAAGAUCAAUCAAAGAUCUUUCUCGAUGAUGUCAUACAUGAAUUGGCAAUACUAGUAGAUCAGCGGCCAUUGUCGGAGAGAAGGCUUCACCAGACAGACGCUCCUGGUAAUCCAGCAUAUAAUGACCUCCUUCAUGUCCUGGAAGCUUUGGAUUACCCAAGAUCGCUUCGGUCCCAUGAAUUCCAGAUGCCAAACGCACCGCACUACGAGGAUUUAGGGGUUGUUGAGGACAUGUCCUCUCACUUAAUCGUCGAAGCUUUCAAUCGGCAGGUCUCGGUCGAUCCGGGAAGAACCCCCCUAUACUUGAACUGUCUCAAGUCAAUCGGUGGCCUCAGAGGGGGUGACGAUGCAAUAAUCAUAGACCAAGCUGUCCAGGUAGCCUAUGCGGAGGGAAAGUACACUGAUCAGGAUGUUAUCGAUGCAUACAAGUACUUCGGCCUCAACCAAAACGAUAUCAGUCUUACUGAGGACACCAUCGUUGGAAAGUUCUACGCUUUUCUGAGCUCCACCAAUUUGGAUGUCGAACCUCGCCAGCAGUUAUGGAGAAUAGGGGACAGUAGGCGCAGUGAGCGCAUCAAAUCUGCGGCCGAGGAUAGGGUAACUACCGUUGAACAGGCCCAGGCGUUUCUUGGUGUUGAUGAAAAAACACCGGAUGAUUUCAUUAUCACCAUGUAUACUGCUAAGAUCGAUGAUAAUCCAUCGAGCAAAGACCUUGCGCGGCGUGCCGUUGAACUUAUUUCGAAUUCUCGGAAAUCAGACGGUUUAAAACACUUUCUCAAUACCGGCGAGAUGGGUGCUGGGGAGAUGGACAUUGGUGACGCCUACCGUCUUCUUCAAAUCCCUGAUCGCACCGUAGAUGAAGCAGCUAUCAUGGCAGCAUACACAAUCUGUGUGGAUGAAGCUCCAGGGCAAGCCGAUCUAUACAAUCAGGCCCUUAGCAUAAUUGCAAAGGAGAAAAACAGUCCGCUACUAAGCAGUUUGGUUACAGGAUCUGUUCCAGAAUCUGACCGUGAAUUAUCCGAGUGGCCUGUUGGGCUGCAGAAUAUCGGUAACACCUGUUAUCUCAACAGCUUGCUUCAAUUUUAUUUUUCAGUGCGCCCAUUCCGUGAUAUGGUCUUGAAUUUUGACGACUUCAAGAUGGAAAUCAACGACGAUAGCUUGGAAAAAAAGAAGGUGGGGUCUCGCAAAGUACUGAAAAAUGAGGUUGAGAGGUCUCAGAAAUUCCUCAGUGAGCUGCGAAACCUUUUUAGGGAUAUGAUCGCUUCUCCGCGCCCAUAUGUCAUACCUGGACAAGAGCUGGCGCGAUUGACUCUGAUUAGCCCAUCUAAUGAAGCAGCCAUUCGUCGUCGAUCGACGAUAUCAGCAAACAGACCUUCGGAUCUCGGCGAGAUAAACGGUAUGCCGGUUAUGGGACCACUCGGGCCGCCUCAGCCUAUCAUUACAGGCGAAGAGGCUAGGAACCGGAGUGAUAGCACAAUGACUGCAGAAACCGAAAGGCCCAAACAUUCAACAGCAAGUGAUGUGGAUAGCGAAUCGACACUCGUCUCUGAUGGUGCAAAGAAUGAGGCAUCCGUUCAUCACGCCGACGAUAAAGAAAACGAGCCUCCACCAUCUGACGCUGUCAUGACAGAUCCAAGCGAGAACGUACCAUCUGAAGCUGACAAUAACAUCUCUCCUUCCAAGCAGCCAGAGCCAAUGGGACCAUUAUUACCACCUAACCAACCUCCACCAGUGCCUCCGAGACCUUCUCCGUCAGUCGAUCGACAAAAACAGCUUAUCGAGGAGGUGGAGAUCGGGGCCCAGCAGGAUGUUACGGAAGUUAUCAACAAUGUUCUUUUCCAGAGCCAAUGCGCGAUUAAACCCAUUGGGCUUGGGUCAGAUGGAGAACAGAUUGAUCAAAUUAAAGACUUGUUCUACGGCCGCUCCAAGUCCUACAUCUCCGCUGACAAAGGCGUACGGUCCAAGGAAGAGUGGUGGUGUGAUAUCAAAGUUGAUGUGGCCACCGGGUCUCGCGACAUCUACACAGCGAUCGACGGUGCCUUCGACGUCCAGAAAGUCAAUGUUGAAAACUCAGUGGCUGAGCAGUUCGGCUCUAUUAGCAAGCUUCCCCCAAUUUUGCAGAUCCAAGUUCAGCGCGUGCAGUUCGAUCCGGUGAAGAAGAGCUCCUUUAAGUCGACCCACCAUCUUGAGUUAUUGGAAACCAUCUAUCUUGAUAGGUACAUGGACACUCAGCAGCCCGAGAUUAUGAACCGACGACGAAAGUGCUGGGAAUGGAAAAACUCGCUGAAAGAGCUCGAAGACCGGCGAGCCGAGUUGCUGCGCAAGAAGGAGACCGAUGGCCUUGAUAUGGAAAAUGUAUUCGGCAGCGCCAAAGACGUACUCGAGGAUCUGAACGCUAUGAAAGAAGAUCCCGAGGCAGCGCAGGAUGCUUUUGAUAUUGACCCACAGCUUAUUUCUGAGCUCGACAAGCUUUCGCAGAUAUCGAAAUCAGAAUUGGCUUUCAUCGAUAAAAACAUCAAAGACACACAGACAAUGAUCUCUAGUCAAUUCGUCGACUACAAGCAUCUUCCUUACCGCUUGUAUGCCGUUUUUGUCCACCAUGGAUCGGUUGAGUUUGGUCACUACUACAUCUACAUUUUUGACUUCAACAAGAAUGUUUGGCGCAAGUAUAACGAUAAUGAAGUGACUGAAGUACAUGACCUCGAUGAGAUUUUUGAGAACAAAAAUCGCCCGAACCCUCCUACACCAUAUUUCCUGGUAUAUGUCAACGCUGGAAUGAAGGACCGCCUGGUGAACCCUGUCUGCCGGGAGAUCUACGAUGCCCCACCGGACCCUCCUCCUCGUCCAAACACGGAUCCGGCCACCCCCAUGGAAGGAGUCACUGCUGCAACAACUACGCCAACGACAACAACAGCAACGGCAGAGGACGUGGAUAUGGAACAUCCACCCUCGUAUGAUGAAGCAUGGGCCGACAAACAUGGCGAACCAGGUACGGGAGACAAUCUCAACCCGACCAAGAAGAAGAGCGCCGAGACCGGAGGCAGUGAUCUAGCUGCAGGAUGGCCAUCAAGCAAUGAAACUAACUUGCACGACGUGGCAUGGUAGGCUCCGCGAAAAGCUCGCCGACGGUGACUUCAACGGCAAAUCCACUGAAACGCAAGUCGGCAGAUGAUGUGACAGAUGUCAGUCAC